AUGAUGAGCCCCGUAGCCGACACCUUCGACUUGGGCUUCGACGUGUACUCCGACACCCCCUCGUUUGACAUCUUCGCAAGCCCCGGUACGCGUUUCGACCCCAACUCUUACUUCGACUUUGACGCCUGCGUCGGAGGGCCGGACCCCGACGAGGCAGCGUCAACGCCGCAGCCUACCGAGACGAACACCACGGCAGACGGCCUACAAGCCGCCGCCGGCCGGCCUCUCGUAUCCGAGUCCGCACCUCUCUCCGGAGAUAACCAAGACUCAACCGGCCCUACGACUUCCACAGUGAGCCCCGGCCAGCUCAUGCUCACCUUGCCCAAUAAGCGGCAGGGCCCUCCCACCGGCGCGUGCGGCUCCUCCCCCCUCGUGUUGCCGAAGAUCGAGCCAGUAAAGUCCGAAGACGACGACGUCGGCACUCUCCUCGCCGAGCUGUCCUGCUCCAUGCCCGACGCCUUCCAACUCCACACCGCGGCCCCGACGCCCGUCCAAGAUUGCGACUCGCUCGCCUUGCCCGCCGACUUGUGGCCCGUGGACGCGGUCGACCCAUCGUUCGCGUGGGACGCAGAGGUCAGCGCGGAGGGGCCGGGCCUUUUCGCUCCCGAGCUUCAAAUCGACGGCAUCUGCGGCACCUUUAAUGCUUUUGACCCCUUUCAUUCCUUCGAUGCCUCGCCCGAUAUCAAGCAGGAUUUGACUUCUUCGGCGGGUUACUGUUAUCCAUCUCCACCUGCUACCAAUGUAUUUUUUCCCACCCCGCAGGGCGAGAUUCCUUUCGUAUUCGACGAGAGUUCGGUAGAUCUUCCUUAUUCCCACCCUGCAGAUGUGUCUUUGACGGGUCUGCAGCCCCUCCUGCCCCGUGCCGUUACCGCCGUUGCCGCGGCCGAUGCUAGCAGUACGACCGAGCUCGUGCAACCAAAGCCGAGGUCGCCCAACAACUGUGUGAGCUUCAUUCAACAGCGUAGUGAGUCUUUGAUGGAAAGAACCUCCUCCAGUAUCCUCGACUACCAGGGCCUUGUCCACGUCCCCGUCACCUCCGCGCCCUACCUCACCCCGACUCAUACUCCGGUAAGGGGCCUCACCACGCCGGUCGUGGACGGCAAGGUUCUCAAGCGCAUUCCUAGGCCAGCGAAGGCCAAGGACGUGGACGCUUCCGAGUGGUAUGAGGCCCUCCCUGAGGCGCCGAUGGCCUGGGGAGGCCGUGACCCAAAGAACCCCAUGUUCCAGUACAAUAAGGAGGGCGAGCUGUUGCCCAGCCUGCGGUUUUCCAGGGAGCAAAUCUUUUAUUACCUGAAGGAGCGCAAGGAUCAGGGUCUCCCGCUGACGCUCUGGAUUCAGAACGUCCCCCACGGAUGCAAGACUCGCGUCAGCGACGACAGGCUGCGCGCGUGUCGCUGGUCAGGGUGUCCGGCACACAAAGGCACCAUACUAAAGGGGUUCUGGCGAGUGUGCUUCGACGAGCGGCCCGGCACUUCGGGGAAGCAACACGACCCGUAUCACAACGCGGGUUACAUGCACUUGUGGUGCCUGGACCGCUGCUUCGACCUCUUUGAGAUCGAUUACGCCUUUGACCUGAAGCCCGACACGCGAUACUUUGAGAAGGAGGAGCGCAACCCGAUGGCCAUGACGCGUGACCACGACGAGCUGGUAAUGGAGUUUGAGAAGUGGCGCACGUCCCAGAGGGCGGCCUACGAGGAAUGGCAGGAGCUCUGCAAGAUAAACAAGGCGCUAGGCCUCCCUAUCAAGAACCGCUUGGUCGAGAAGGAGGCCAAGAUAUGGUACAUGCUGACAACCAGGCACCUGGAGCUAGAGACGCCUGUGCGAAGCAACAUGCGGAAAAGAAGGGCCGGAAUCUCCAUUGAUAAGCACAAGGGAGACCUUGGAUGGUACGUUGAGAAGGUCAACGAGAAAAAGGAUGCAAAGAAGGGGGGUGCCAACCCCGAGGAGAUUGACGAUGAUGAUGAGGUUGCGCUUGACAAUCAAGUGAGUAGGCUGCGCGACUCGGGCCAAGUGAAAAGGAAAUCAGAAGUCCGGGAAUGGGAUGAGGUCGAUGACGGCGACAGCGAUGCUCAGCGUCAGAUAGCCUGUGGCAGAAAGCGACUGCGACGCUCAUACCGUUCCGGCAUGGGGCCGUAA